AUGACUUGUAAAAUUAAACAAAAACGGGAUGCUUUAUUAUUACGUUGUAUUUCAUUUUGGACUAAAAAUAAAGUUAAAAAUGAAGAUGCCUGUUUUCCUCCACUUCCCCCACCACUAACUACUACAAGUCCAGCAUCAGUUGUAGUAGUCUCACAAGAACAACACCAAUCUAAACAUUCUCCCCCUCCCUCACAACCUCCUCCCCAACCUUAUUUACUUCUUCAACAACCAUUAAUAUCUCCACAAAGUGGCGGAAGUAUAACAACAGAUGAAGAAGAAGAAUAUGAUGAGGGAAGGGAAGGACAAACAAAUAUCAGAAUUUCUUUAUUUUCUAAUAACGGGGAUGGAGAUGGAAUGAGUACAACUGCAGAUGAUAUUGAAUUUGUGCCCAGAGGGAGUACACAAUAUCAGAAAGUGGAAACAACAAAAAUUCAGGAACAACAAAAACAGCAACAAAAUCACCAUCCUCUAAAUGCUGAGGAAGCAAAACAAGUAGCAGCAUUACUGCAAGAAUAUGAAACCCCAACAACUGCAACAAUCGAGUUAGAAAAACAUAAACAGGUUGAGGAAGAACGACAAAAACAUUCUAAAAAAAUAAAAACAACGAGGGAAGAGGAAAUUAUUUCUUUACCAGAAUCAGCUAAACAAACACCCGGCGGUUCAAUUUCCAUCCCAGAAUCCCCAGCUUCUUUAGGCUUCGAUAUAAUCAGCUUUCCUCAGUCUCCAAUUGAAAAAGAAACAGCACAAACAGAUGAUACUGUAAUAAUUGAAACAGCAGAAAUUAAUCUAAACAUCCAACAACAAAAACAGCAAUCAGAACAAAGUUUAGAACAACAAAAAUUGGCGACGGUUGUUUUUCCUUCUUCUCACUCUCAAGUUGCUUCAACUUACUUACAACAAUCUCCACAAACAAAACCCCCAACAUCGCCUAUUAAACAACAAACAGCAGAAUCCCUGUUACAAGAAGCAAUAGAUUAUAUGCAACAACAAGAAGGUCAUUUACCUUUGAGAGAACAACAACAACAAAAACAACAAAAAAGGAUAUCAUUAAGACAAUCAGGGGAAUUUGUUAUGGAAGAAGAAAUGUUGGAGAGUGAAGAAAUUCCUGGGGGUCCCCCUGUAAUAAUACAUUCAAGACAAAAAGGAACUCCAGUUUUUGGAAGAAAAUCGUCAAAGGAAUUGACUGACAUAGACAAAAACAAAACAGCAAUGGCAGUCCUAAGUCCUUCAUCCCCACAAGGAUUAUUGGCUGAAUCAGCUGGUGGUUCAACUCCAGGUGCUGAUGGGACUAGUAAACAAAUAGUUACAAAUGAAGUUUUUGAUAAACCCGACCCAAUACUUCUUUUUGAAGACGGAGAUGAUGAUGUUACUCACGCACCUGAAAUACAAUCAAUGGAAAUACCACCAGACCAAUUAAGCCAAGCAGAUUCUUUAAAUUUGGUUGAUGAAAAUUUCUCUGAACAUCAAGAAUUGGGAGGAGGAGGAGGGGUUACAACAACGAAUUUAGAAUUAAAAAGGCAACUGUCUGAGCCACAACAACCACAAAUUCCCCCUCCAAAACCUCCAAGAACUUCUUUACAUUUUGAAGAUAAUGAAAUGGCUGAAAUAUUGAAACAACAAAAAUUAGAAGAAGAUUCUAAGAAUUUUGUUGGGCAAACAGAAGAGAAGAAACAUCAACAACAAAUAUUCAAUCAAAACACACAAUUAAAUAAACAAAACGAACAAAUAAUUGUUUUACCCCCACACCCACCAGAAUAUCAACAACAAAAACAACAAAUAUAUCCAGAUCAAAAACAAAAUCCCCAGGCACCACAAUUUCUUUUAAGAAGUACUUUCACUGAUGAUUCAACUUCAUCGCUAGAUACAACGGUGACAACUCUUCGAUUUUCAUCAAUUAGACAAAGUUCAUUAUUGAGUGUUGUUGGUGUUACAAGCACACAAGAAAUGCUGUUAAAAUUACAGAGUUUGGAAGCAUUAUCAGAAGCUAUGCGUAAAGCUGGGUUGGAAUCAUCAAACUUGAUAUUUGGGAUUGACUACACAGCAAGUAAUAAAUAUCAAGGUGAAAGGUCAUUUAAUGGACGUUCACUCCAUUCUGUGGAUGAAAAAGGAAUUGAAAAUCCUUACCAACAAGUUAUAAAAAUAAUGGGGAGGACAUUGGCCCCUUUUGCCGGUACACAAUAUGGAAUUCCCGCUUUUGGAUUUGGAGAUGCUAGUACUGGGGAUUGGUCUGUAUUUUCUUUGAAUGGAACUACAGAGGGGGAAUGUAAUGAUUUGGAUGAUGUUUUGAGAAUAUACAAUCAAGUAACACCAAAAGUCGAUCUCAGUGGCCCUACAAAUUUUGCUCCAUUAAUAUAUCGCUCAAUGGAAAUUUGUUAUGCGAGGAAGGAUUACCACAUUCUUGUAAUUAUUGCUGAUGGGCAAGUAACUAAUGAAAGGGCAACACGUAAAGCUAUUGUUGCUGCCUGUCAAUAUCCUUUGUCAAUAAUUGUUGUCGGUGUUGGGGAUGGACCAUGGGAUAUGAUGAAGGUGGGAAUACUCGGGCGAAAUCAGAACAUUUCUUAA